CUUCUUCGUCUUCUAUCUGACUGUGGUCGUCAUCUUUCUGACGAUUCUCUUUUCCAAGUGGACCAGUGUCUAGCGCUGAAAUGAAAGAGAACGCGCUCACUGCAUCGUGAUGCCCCCGACCGGAUCCUUCUUCUUCUUCUUCUUCUUCUUCGUGCUCCACUUCACAGGGGUGGUCUCCCCCCAGCGAUUGUGUUCUUACCACGAGGUUCUGGACCACCUCAACAUGAGCACACGCAGUAGUUUGUACUCCAUGACGAGGCCCGUCAAAGACUACAGAAAGCCGACUGUGGUCUUGCUUGAGGUCAUCUUGUACGCGAUUCUAGAUGUGAGGGAGAUGGACCAGACCUUCGUUCCCUACGUUUGGAUUUUUACGAGCUGGGGCAAUGACCACAUUUCUUGGGAUCCGGAGGAGUUUUGCGGAAUUAAGAGCAUCUCCCUUCCUACUGAAUUGCUUUGGAAACCAGAUCUCACGAUUGAAGAAAUGAUCGAGAAGGACAAGGCCCCCCCGAGCCCCCACCUCACCAUCUUCAGCGACGGAAACGUCCACGUGCAGAACGACCAGGUGCUGCUGAGCACGUGCAAGAUGAACAUCUACCAGUUCCCCUUCGACCGGCAGAGCUGCAACCUCACCUUCAAGUCUGUCAUCCACUCGGUGCAGGAACUCCAGCUGCUCCACUCGCUGAGCUCGGCCGAAGCCACCAAGUGGUCGAGGGAGGUGAUGCGCACCCAGAACGAGUGGCUCUUCCUCGGCAUGACCGUCGCCAACAGGACCGUCAGCGUGUUCGGCAUCCGGCAAAACAUGAUCGUGUACACUAUCAGCAUGAAACGCAGACCCGUGCUGUACAUCAUCAACUUCCUGCUGCCGGUCCUCUUCUUCCUGGCCCUGGACUUGGCCUCCUUCUUCAUCUCGGACUCGGGCGGCGAGAAGCUGAGCUUCAAGGUCACCGUGCUGCUGGCCGUCACCGUCAUGCAGCUCAUCCUCAACGAGAUCCUGCCCUGCUCGUCCAACAAGAUCCCCCUCAUAGCCAUCUACUGCAUCGGCAUCUUCGCUCUGAUGCUGCUCAGCCUGUUGGAGACCAUCUUUGCCAUGUACCUCAUGGAGAAAGACGCCGGCGAUCCAAGCUCGAGGCAGGGGGGCGACGGAGAGGCCGACUGCGUUGCAGAGAAGACGAGAAGCCGAUGUUGCGUGCGCCCAUGUGACGCGUCCGCAGAUGAAAAUCCACCCGAGGAUGGCCGACUGACCGAGUCCAGUCCUGUGGAGAAACUCUCCGACGAGACCAGGGACUUGAUGAGGGCCCUCGUCCUGCUUUUGGACAGCAGGAAGGAAAAAGAGGCCAAGCCCGGCUACUGGACCGGACUCACCUUAAAAAUCAACAGAAUCUUUUACGUCAUCUACAUCAUCGCAGUGUCUUUGUUUUUAGCUGUCAUGUGCUUCAUUUGGCAGAGAAACCACCAAGAUUGACACUUGAAAAAAAGAUCAAAAUAUGAUUAUU